GCUCCCGACGCACCGCCUCCUCCUCCUUCCCCCUCCUACUCGGCCCGCCCCCUCCCUCGCCUCUUCCUGCCUGGCCGUCCUUCUCCCCUCCCCUCUCCGUUCCCUCCGCCCUCCCCUGGCUCCAGCGGCGGCGGAGUGAACGGCACCGGCCCGGCCUUAGAGCGCGAGGUGGCGGGUGGGACGCGGGCGCCUGAAGGAGUUGUUGUUUCGGCAGCGCCCGCGGAGACGUGAAGAGGUGGAUGUGGGAAGAGAAGUUUGCAGAACUGAAAUGGAGGUCAGAGCUUCAUUACGGAAGGUUAGUGGAUCAUCUGAUUCUGUGGCUACAAUGAACAGUGAAGAAUUUGUUUUGGUUCCUCAGUAUGCAGAUGAUAAUUCUACAAAACAUGAAGAAAAACCUCAACUGAAGAUAGUUUCUAAUGGUGAUGAACAAUUGGAAAAAGCCAUGGAAGAGAUUUUGAGAGAUUCCGAGAAAAGGCAAAGCGGUCUUCUUGUUGAUUGUCAAAGUUCCAGUGAGAUUUCAGACCAUUCAUUUGGAGAUAUUCCAGCCAGCCAAACAAAUAAGCCAUCUCUUCAGUUAAUUUUGGGUCCGUCUAACACAGAAAUUUGUACACCCAGACCAUCUUCUCCAGGUGGACUACCUGAAGAAGAUAGUGUUUUAUUUAAUAAACUGACCUACUUAGGAUGUAUGAAGGUUUCUUCCCCACGUAAUGAAGUAGAGGCUUUACGGGCAAUGGCAACCAUGAAAUCUUCCAGUCAGUACCCCUUUCCUGUUACCCUGUAUGUACCAAAUGUUCCAGAAGGUUCUGUGAGAAUCAUAGACCAAUCCAGCAAUGUGGAGAUAGCAUCUUUUCCAAUCUAUAAGGUUUUAUUCUGUGCACGUGGACAUGACGGAACAACAGAGAGCAAUUGCUUUGCAUUUACAGAGAGUUCCCAUGGUUCAGAAGAGUUUCAGAUACAUGUUUUCUCCUGUGAAAUUAAAGAGGCAGUAAGCAGAAUUUUGUAUAGUUUCUGUACAGCAUUCAAACGGUCUUCCAGACAAGUGUCUGAUGUUAAAGACUCAGUUAUUCCUACCCCUGACAGUGAUGUGUUUACCUUCAGUGUCUCUUUGGAGGUAAAAGAAGACGAUGGAAAAGGAAACUUCAGCCCUGUGCCUAAGGAUAGAGAUAAAUUUUAUUUCAAAUUAAAGCAAGGAAUAGAGAAGAAGGUUGUGAUUACAGUGCAGCAACUUUCUAACAAGGAAUUAGCUAUUGAAAGAUGUUUUGGAAUGUUAUUAAGCCCAGGUCGAAACGUGAAGAACAGUGACAUGCAUUUACUGGAUAUGGAAUCCAUGGGAAAGAGCUAUGAUGGGAGAGCUUAUGUCAUCACUGGCAUGUGGAACCCCAAUGCACCAAUAUUUCUGGCACUUAAUGAGGAAACCCCAAAAGAUAAGCGAGUAUACAUGACUGUGGCAGUGGAUAUGGUAGUCACAGAGGUGGUGGAGCCUGUUCGCUUUCUCCUGGAGACAGUAGUCCGUGUGUACCCUGCAAAUGAGCGAUUUUGGUAUUUCAGCAGAAAGACUUUCACAGAGACUUUCUUCAUGAGAUUGAAACAGUCUGAGGGAAAAGGCCAUACCAAUGCUGGAGAUGCAAUAUAUGAGGUGGUGAGUCUACAGCGAGAGUCUGACAAGGAGGAACCAGUCACUCCUACUAGUGGAGGGGGUCCAAUGUCACCUCAGGAUGAUGAAGCAGAAGAGGACAGUGAUAAUGAACUCUCAAGUGGAACAGGUGAUGUGUCUAAGGAUUGUCCUGAGAAGAUCUUAUAUUCUUGGGGAGAAUUGCUAGGAAAAUGGCACAAUAACCUUGGUGCACGACCAAAAGGGCUAUCUACUCUGGUGAAGAGUGGUGUCCCCGAAGCAUUGAGGGCAGAGGUAUGGCAGUUAUUGGCAGGCUGCCAUGACAACCAGACAAUGCUGGAUAGAUACCGAAUUCUUAUCACAAAGGACUCAGCCCAGGAGAGUGUUAUUACUCGAGAUAUUCAUCGUACAUUUCCCGCACAUGAUUACUUUAAAGAUACUGGAGGAGAUGGUCAGGAAUCGCUCUAUAAGAUCUGCAAGGCCUACUCUGUAUAUGAUGAAGACAUUGGUUACUGUCAAGGGCAGUCUUUUCUUGCUGCUGUAUUACUGCUGCAUAUGCCAGAGGAACAAGCAUUCUGUGUGUUGGUGAAAAUCAUGUACGACUAUGGUUUGAGAGACCUCUACAAAAACAACUUUGAAGAUCUUCAUUGCAAAUUCUACCAGUUGGAGAGACUAAUGCAGGAACAGCUACCGGACCUGCAUAGCCAUUUUUGUGAUCUGAACCUGGAAGCUCAUAUGUAUGCAUCCCAGUGGUUUCUCACUCUUUUUACUGCCAAGUUCCCACUCUGCAUGGUGUUCCACAUCAUUGACUUACUGCUUUGUGAGGGUUUGAACAUAAUCUUUCAUGUAGCUUUGGCUCUCCUAAAGACUUCAAAGGAAGACCUUCUGCAGGCUGAUUUUGAAGGUGCUUUAAAGUUCUUUAGAGUUCAGCUUCCAAAGAGAUACAGGGCAGAGGAAAAUGCAAGAAGACUGAUGGAGCAGGCUUGCAAUAUUAAAGUACCAACCAAGAAGCUGAAGAAAUAUGAGAAAGAAUAUCAGACAAUGCGAGAGAGUCAGCUGCAACAGGAAGACCCAAUGGAUAGAUACAAGAGGGAGAACCGAAGAUUACAGGAGGCCAGCAUGAGGUUGGAACAAGAGAAUGAUGACCUCGCCCAUGAACUAGUAACAAGCAAAAUUGCUCUACGGAAUGACUUGGAUCAGGCAGAAGACAAGGCAGAUGUGUUGAAUAAGGAACUCCUCUUGACCAAACAGAGGCUGGUGGAGACUGAAGAGGAAAAGAGGAAGCAAGAGGAAGAGACUGCCCAGCUAAAAGAAGUCUUCAGAAAACAGCUAGAGAAGGCAGAAUAUGAAAUAAAGAAGACUACAGCUAUCAUUGCUGAGUAUAAACAGAUCUGUUCACAGUUGAGUACCAGGCUGGAGAAACAGCAAGCAGCCAGCAAGGAGGAGCUGGAAGUGGUAAAGGGUAAGAUGAUGGCAUGCAAACACUGCAGUGACAUUUUCAGCAAGGAGGGUGCUUUGAAACUAGCAGCCACAAGCAGAGAGGACCAGGGAAUUGAAACGGACGAUGAGAAAGACUCACUUAAGAAGCAGCUGAGAGAGAUGGAACUGGAACUGGCACAAACCAAACUGCAGUUGGUGGAGGCCAAAUGUAAAAUUCAGGAACUUGAACAUCAGAGAGGAGCCCUUAUGAAUGAAAUCCAAGCUGCAAAAAACUCUUGGUUUAGCAAAACCCUGAACUCCAUCAAAACGGCCACGGGCACCCAGCCAUUGCAGCCAGCGCCAGUCACCCAGCCACCCAAGGAAAGCACAUAGUUCCAGCCUUACCCAAGCACAAGAGCACAAUGUUCAAAACCGUGGAAAUCUGGGAGGAUUCUUCCUGGUGUCCCUUUGAAGGAAAGUCAAGGAGGCCAGAAAACAAGCCAGAAUCUUUCAGUAGCUCUCUUUCUUGUAUGACACUUUUCAAAGGGAUGUUAUUUAAACUGACCUGUUCUAUGUUGAAUACCUAUUUUCCAGCUUCUUCAUGGAAGGCCAUGUUCAGAUCCAUCAUAGUAUUAACACAUUAUUUUGUUUGCCUGAUGUUUAGUUGGAAAUAAGUAAUUCAGAACUAAAUGCUCUUUUAUUUAGAACUAAUUAUUCAUAAUUAUUUUUAUCUUACAUAAAAAUGGAGACAUCUGUUAUUCCAAGGUUGAAGUGAAGUGAUAGGAAGAUCUUUGUCACAGGAAAAAAAACAUUGAAACCUAAACCUCUUAGCUUUUCAGGAUUUAUUCAGAUAAAGCACACUGUGGGGCCAGGCAUGACCACUCUCAGGUUUCCUCCUGAGCCUGAUUCCCAGGGGAGUGAUAAUCCUGUCCAAAGGAAAGAACCAAUCAGCGAUCAUUGGUUUACUUUCAUUAUCUGGAAAUGAAGUGCCAGGAAUAGAUGGGCUAUUCAGAUUAUACAUUAGGUAAAAGGAACUGAGAUUUUAAUAAGUGUAAGUUAGGAUCAUUUGGGCUGUGGUAUUCUAACAGAUCCUUUUAAGAACUCCACAUGGGACUUAUGAGUUCCUAAGUAUGCCUAAGUAUGGACACAGAUGUGACUUCUGGCACUUACAAAGUAAAAGGUGGAUAUUGAGCCUUACAGACUUAGGGAGCCUUUACCAGAGACGCCUAAAAAGUCCCAGGUUCAGCCAUUGUGCUGAAUAGAGUGGAAUACAGAACCAGGAACAGAGUAUUUCAUUUAACGUUGAUAUAUACUUGCUAAGGAAACACUAACAAUACUGUAACUUUGUUAAAGGACAUAGUAUUGAAAUGGGAAAUAGAGGUCAGGCUCACAUCAUCUUAGCUCAAUGUUGGGCAACUUUUUCCGAUUUCUGUAGUUCCCUGAAAAUGUGUCCUUCCUACCCAUAAAGAGAUACAAAUGCAUUUGUAACAUUUUUGAUUGAAUAUAAAACCUUUACAGAAAUACUUAUCUCAUGGAAAGGUAAAGCUAUUGUUUAAAAAUUAGUGGAAAUAUUUUUUCAAUUAUAUUUAACAUGCCUAUAAAAAUAGUCCUUGCAGGAAAUUAUUUGAUAAGAGCAAAACUAUUUUUAUUUUAUAAACUAUUUUGGAGGCCUCUGUUCCUUUCACACUAACCAAACUACUAUUAGAUAUGUACAAUAACAUUUGUCGAUAUACAUCAUUGGCCUCGUUGUUGAACAUAUUAUUUGCAAAGAAUCUUAAACUCUGUAGUGCCAGAAUGAUUUUCAUCUGUGCCAUAUGUUGCAAUUAAAAGUAACACACCCUUAGAAAAAUCAAAUAAGAGCCAUCUCCACCCCAGUAGGAUACACAAAGUUGCUCACGGUGGAUCUUUUCCUCUAAAAUGAUCUUUUAUGUUCUAAAAAGUGAAAUCCCCUUUUUCUGUGUUUAUAUUAUCUACAGCCCAUAAAACUGAUGUGAUUAUUAUGUUAUACUCAUCAGAUAAUACUUUUCUUACAUAAAUCUUUUGUUGUUCUGACAUCUUUCAUUACAAAAUUUAUUUUCUUACCAAAAAGGAACAUAACCCAGCAUUCCAGGUGUCUAUGUUGACUUUAAUAUUCUCUACAUGGUGGUCUAGAGAAGCUAAUUUUUUUUUUUUUUUUUUUUUUUUUUUUUUUGUAAAAUAUAGUAGCUAGAAAAUGUUAUCUUGGCACUUGUUUUUGUAAAUCAUUUAGUAUAGGCUGUUAGCUUUACUGGUACUUUACGCUUUGAUUCCAAGAAGCCCUGUGCAGUUGCCUUAUCAAAUGGCCAGCUAAAUUAAAGAUGCUCUUUUGUGUUGUGAAUUUCAUAGUUCUGUACAGAGCUUGUUUCAACUUACAAAAAUAAGUACAUUCCACAGAAUGCCUAAAGUGCAUAAUUUUCUUUAAAUAAUAGUAGGUGAGGGAGAAACAUAAUGGCUCUAGGUUAAUCCCUUAUCUGGAGACCUUGUUCAACUUCAUAGUCCCUUUCCUUUUGAAGAGAAAAAUCCUCCCCCAGCCAAGCAUGGUGGCUCACGUCUGUAAUCCCAGCACUUUGGGAGGCCAAGGUGAGUGGAUCACCUAAGGUCACGAGUUUGAGGCCAGCCUGGCCAACAUGGUGAAACCCUGUCUCUACUAAAAAUACAAAAAUUAGCCGGGUGUGGUGGCGGGCACCUGUAAUCCCAGCUUAUUCGGGAGGUGGAGGCAGGAGAAUUGCUUGAAUCCAGGAGGCAGAGGUUGUAGUGGGCCAAGAUUACGCCAUUGCACUCCAGGCUGGGCAACAAGAGCAAAAUUCUGUCUCAAAAAAGAAAAAUCACAAGGUACAUACCUCUCAAGUUUGAUAAGUCCAUCUUUUGAGUUUUCUUUUAGCUCUUUCAAAAGAUUGUAAGGGCAAUACAUAGUUGUUUUUUUUUUUAUUCUCCAGCCCCAUAUCAUACUUGGAUAUGCCUGUUGGUACCAUAAGCCUAAACUCUCCCUCACUGCCAUGCCUUUGAGUCAGCAGCAAUAGUAAAGACUAGAAACAAAGAAAAUUCAGAAUUUGGUAUGUGAUAUGAUUGUUCAUACAAUAUGUUAUAAUAGCAAUAUUCCAAACAAUAUGUCCUUCACUGUCUAUUGUUUGAAAACUCAUGCAUCCCAGCAUGAAGUUAACUACUAGUUUUAAUUUCACUUAUUUUGAGAUAUAUUUGAGAAUUGCAUCUCUUCUAUUGAAUUUCAUUUAGAAGAGAUGAACCAGCCAAAUAUCCAGGAAAGUUUCAAAAUAUUCUAGUGUUUUUCAUCCUUUCCUAGGAUGUGCUCUGUAUAAAACAUUCCUCUGAAAAUCUAGUAUUUGUAAUAUCUAAGAAUUGUGCAUUUCUAUUUUCAUUAAAUUCUG